UGAAAACAAGAAGCUUAGCAUAAGACACGUAAACCCGUAUUGCUUGUAUCGUUAGAAUGCAGUCGCUUGGUCUGCGAAGCUUGGCAAGUCACGGCCCUUUACAACACCGUGUAGCCAGGAGGCGAUCCUGUAUGGCUAAGGCGUCAGCAGGAGCUUCUACGCCAAAAAAGCCAGUGAGUGAGGCCACCACGGCGGUGCCGGACAAGGUUGAGCUUAGGAAUGCCGGUCCCGAGCCGAAGCGCUUUGCUGUGGCUGAAGGGCAAAUGAAAGAGGUCGCCACCGCCUCCCUCUCCGCGCUGCUGCGACUGGGCUGCGGCGGCCUCAGUCUGGGCUACAAAGUGAGGCUGACGGAGGACGAUGGCAAGUAUGCUAUUGCGCGGAUAGGCGGCCGCAAGGUGGCUGAGACGUCGCAGGUGGCUGGGCUGAAGCGGCCGGCCCAGCCGCUGGAGCUCUACGAGUUCGAGGGCUGCCCCUUCUGCAAGAAGGUUCGUGAGGCCAUCUGCAUCCUGGACUUGGACGUGCUGGUGUACCCCUGCCCCAAGGACGGAGCCACGUGGAGGCCCAAGGCUGUCUCGCUGGGUGGCAAGCGGCAGUUCCCCUUCCUGGUGGACCCCAACACCGGCAAACAGAUGUACGAGAGCGACGAAAUUAUCAAGUACCUGUUUCAGGAAUACGGCAACGGUGCGGAGGUGCCCCUGGCGCUCCGGCUGGGCGCUGUAACCAUCGUCUCAUGUGUGUUGGGCAGCCUCGUUAGGGACGGUCGCGGCAACUACUACCGCAAGUCCCGGCUGCCCGCCCAGCCGCUGGUGUUCUGGGGAUACGAGAUGAGCCCCUUCGUGAAGCUGGCGAGGGAGACGCUUUGCGAGCUUGAGCUGCCGUACUUGUACAUCACGGCGGCCCGCGGGAGCCCUAAGCGCCAAGAGCUGCUAGACAAGCGAGGCGUUUUCCAGGUGCCGUACCUCGAGGACCCGAACGAAGGCGUCUUUCUGUUCGAGUCGUCAGCGAUCAUCAAGUACCUCUACGACACGUACGGCGUCAAGGAGUGAAACUGCUGGCUUCUACAGAACCAGCAUGUUGCGACUUGUAGCUAGGGUGGGUCGUACCAUGCAUGCGUUUUGGGAUACCUAGGGCGUCAACGAAGAAGUAGGAUUGGCGUGGCGAGUGGCGUGCGGCGCGGAGCGCGUAACGUGGGGGAGCGGUGGAAUCAGGAUGAGUUCCAGAGCAGGAACUGUGAGCUGAACCGACAGGUAGCUGUAGCUUUGCUUUUGCGCCGUAUCGGCCGGAUAGGGUAGAGUUGGGUGAUUCUGGGGCAAAUGAUUACCGUAUGUAUUCACGCUUGUGUUGUACGUCGGAAAUCGUGGCAAUAUUGGUUGAACAUUUUUGCAAUUGCAGCGGGGGUAAAUGAGCGUGUCUGCGAUUGCUAACAGUAUUCAACGUAAUGGG